UGUUCAGUUGCAGAUUUAGCCACCAACGAAGCGGUUGUGGUCGUUGUUGCUAGCGGUCGUGACAUUUUCAAUUCUUGCCAAAAAUUUAACAAAGCCAAAUACAUAAAAUACGACGCGCGGCUACUCGAGUGACGUGACGUUAUUAAAAGGAUUAAAAACUCAAUUUUUUGGAUUAAAUUAAAAAUAAUAAUCAAGAUGAUGCUCAUGCAGCCCACACCCCAACAACGCGUCACAAUUCGCCAGGAAUUGCGCGAACCCGAAAAUCAAUCGGACAUCGAUCGCGACAUUAAACUUGUACGUGAAUGGUUGGACACACAACCGCAUCUGCCCAAGGAUAUGGACGACGGCCGUUUGGCCACUUUCUUGCGUGGCUGCAAAUUCAGCUUGGAGAAGGUGAAAAAGAAGCUGGACAUGUACUAUACGAUGCGCAAUGCUGUGCCAGAAUUCUUUGCCAAUCGUGAUAUUAGUCGACCUGAAUUGGCUAUGGUAUUGGAUUACUUACACUGCCCUACUCUGCCUGGUCUCACGCCUAACGGUCGCCGCAUCACCUUUGUACGCGGCAUCGAUGUCGAUUUCCAAGCGCAUCACAUCAAUGACGCCGCCAAGGUGGCGCUCAUGAUCGGCGAUAUUCGUCUGCUGGAGGAGAAGGUCGGCAUUGCCGGUGAUAUUUUCAUUGUUGACGCCACACUCGCUUCGGCUCAUCAUUUUGCCAAAUUCACGCCAACUGUGAUUAAGAAAUUCCUCAUCGCCGUGCAAGAAGGAUACCCGGUGAAGGUGAAAGAGGUGCAUGUGUUCAAUAUUUCGCCAUUGGUUGACACCAUCUUCAACUUUGUGCGUCCCUUCGUAAAGGAGAAGAUCCGCAAUCGUAUCACCUUCCAUAGCAACAUCGAAAGUCUGUACAAAGCGGUGCCACGUGACUUGCUGCCCGACGAGUAUGGCGGCAAAGCUGGUUCGGUGGUCGAGUUGAACCAACAGUGGAAGAAGAAGUUGGAAGAAUACACUCCUUGGUUCAAGGAACAGGAAGAUAAGAAGGCCAACGAAGCGCUGCGCCCUGGUUCGCCGAAGACUACCGAUGAUCUGUUCGGCGUGGAGGGCACUUUCCGGCAACUUAACAUCGAUUAGGAUGCUCGGCUUACUCGUAGUUGAGAUUAGUGCUAGGAUAGAACGGUUUACGGAUACGGUUGCGUUCCGCGGCUUUCUCUUGCUUUCGCCCUGGAGCUAGCUGCUGCUUUUUGUGCUCAAAUUCGUAUUAUAACUUAAAUAAACCACUGACAUCGCUCGCUCCAUAUGUAUAAAUGACAUUCGCUUUGUGUGUGUAUACAAACAUAAAUACAAUUUAUUUUUUAAUACUUACUUAUUUUUUACCAUUAUGAUUAUCAUGUUUUAUUAAUAGUGAUCCGUAUUGCCUCGUUCUUUUUUUGCUUGAAUAUGCCUUUGUGGACAUGUUUGAAACAAAUUAUUAGCUACAUUUAUAAUUUUAAUUUUAUUUCAUUUUGUUAUUGUCUUAAGUGCGCUUACCUAUGUAAGUGCACUGGCCUC